CAACACCGCCACCGCCACCCACAGCAGCAACAACAACAACAACAACAACAACAACAUGGAUGCAGGUUUCCCCGUAGAGGAGGAUGACGGAGGCGGCGGGGGCGUGACGAACACCCCGGGCACCGUCUACACCUGCAGCGUCUGUGGGAUCAAGGUAACCACGCAGUCGGCGCUCAAGGUGCACAUGCGCGUGCACAAGUUCAGUCGUCCGUUCGCAUGCACCAUCUGCGGAUGCGCAUUCGCCUGGAAGGGCUUCCUCGACCGACACAUGGAGGUGCAUCUCAACAGCAAAGUGACGAAUACCAACGAUCGGCAGAUUCCGUCUGCCGACUGUCGGGAGGGGUUGCCGCAUCGUUGCCGCGUCUGCCAGCGUCAGUUCCCGACCGUAGAGAAGAUGAUUCAUCACAUGACCGACCACGACGUCAACGACAUCUACGACUCCUACAUGCAGAUGGAUAUCUUCCGCGAAGGAGGAGGCGGAGAAGAAGUGGGAAGAGGAGUGGGAAGAGGAGCGGGCGUUGCUACGGCGACCGGCGUCGGUAGAGCGGCCGGGGAGGACGCUACCGGGGAGGAGCGGGAG